AUGUCGUACUUUUGCAACCCGUACACCGGACAGCAAACGAAUGUGACUGUUGGAACUCAUGGCAUGAAUGAUGGCUACGUUCCCGUGCCCCACCAGCCUCCUCUUCCUAACCAGUCAUGGUUGAAGGGCGGCAACAGGUGGGUCUAUGACGAGAUCUAUGGGUAUGGCCAGCGUCCGAUCGACGGGGUGUGGGACGGGCCGGAGGCUCGCGUGCCUGCGAUCGAUCGUGUACUUGCCCCUCCCCCCUGGAGCGAACUUGAUUAA